CCAUGCAGGUUUUUCUCGGCCUCUGCCUUUGGCGGGUCUCUGGCGGUCGCUGUAUGCACAGCACUGGUCCAUCUGGCCAGAGCGCAGUCCGCCAAGGAUGGCGCACCGACCCAGGGCGUGAUCUGGCUGUCCAGUCCCGGCGACUGCAUACUUGCCGCCGGUACACACUCGCGCGUCACGUGGGGGGCUGAGACGCUCCCAAAGUGCCAGGAGAUUUGCGAGAAAGACCGGAAGUGUUGGGCCGUCGACUUCAGCACGUACAACUCGUACCCGCGCUGCAAGCUGCUCAUCGCGCCGCCCGCUGGCGCCACGCCAAAGCAAUCCGGAAUUAGCGAAGCGACCUGCUCCAUAAAGGCGUCGCAGCUUUCGCGCUACGCAUUCAACGGUCGGCUGGGCUCCGGAGCUAUGGGGUCACACACGCCCGUUGCGCGGUGCAUGGCGACCUUCAACAUGCAGGCGGGCGACUACAAUGGCUGCGAUUUCCAAGGCCUGAAGAUGAGCGGGACGGAUUUCAGCAAGGCGAGCGGCGUCGGCGCCACCUUUUCCUUCGCGACGCUCCUUGGCUUCCAGGCCCGCGAGUCGAACCUGCGCGGCGCGAUGUUCGAGCGGACAGAAGCGCAAAAGUCCAAGUUUGACUUCGCAGACAUGAGCGACUCGAUGUUAGGCGCCAACUUCCGCGAUGCGUCGAUGGAAGGGGUGACGCUCACGAACGCCAAGCUGGCGGACGCCCAUCUCGACGGGGCCGCGUCCUUCCGCAACGCAGACAUGACCGGCGCGGACUUGCGCGGGGCCAGGUUCACCUCUGCGAGCUUUGAAGGCCGCGCGCGCGCCAUCCUCUUCGAGGCGGACGUCACUGGCGCGAGCUUCAAGGACGCCGACGUCACCGGCACCGUCUGGGGCUUUGUCACCGGCUUCGACACAGUGGACUUCACGGGCGCGAAGGGUGCGCCCUCGCCGGAUGCGGUGGCGUGCACGCAGAAGGCCGCGCCGUGUAACCCGUUUGGAUGA